AUGGCGGACUCGUCAUUAAAGGAUCGCCUGCGCGACCAUUCCGAGGCUUUCGACAGCCUGCUGUCCCUGAUACCAGCCAAGCUCUACUACGGUGAAGACACAAGUGACCAGUGGCAGAGAAAGAAGCAGACGAAGGAGCAAGCCAGGGCUGCCAAGCGAAGCAAGCUGGAUCCAGAUAGCGCGCUGAACCGAAAUGCCAAAGAGGUUCUGGACGAACGGGUUCGGAAUAAGCGCAAGGCACAGGAGCUUGAGUCAAGUGAGGACGGAAGCGUCCAGGACGAAGACGAUGCCCAGGAGCUCCAGCUGCGGGGUAUCAGCAAGGAGGCGCCAGGGGAAGGCCUCAAGAAACGAAAAGUGGUCGAUGACGAAGCGAAUGAGAAAUCCAAGGCAGCCCAGCCUAAGGCAGACGACGAAGCGAAGGCAGAGAAGCUAUCAACUCACCAGGAGAAAAAAUUACUGAAGAAGCAGAAAAAGGCAGAAAAGAAUGCCGAGAAGAAGAAGAAGACAAAAACGGCGAAAGCGGUGGACAAGGGCGACGCAGUUGAAGAAGACGACGCCGGAACAGGAAACGAAGAUGACCCGGCGAUGCCAGAUGGUGUUAGACAGUCGAAGGAAACAGCGGAGAUGGAGGAGACUAAACCACACAGGGACAUGAGGCCCAUCGAUGUGUCGGGUCUGGCGGACGGGGACACAAAUCACACAUCGUCGUCCCAAGCGUCCACACCUUCAUCUCCCACCUUCGAUACGGCUGAACCCGGCGAGCCAUCCGCUGAGCCCGCAAGCACGACAACGUCAAUAGCCAGCGAGAACACACCCGCAGACAAGUCCAGAAAGAUCAAAGUCCCGUCGGACACCACAGAGCUCCGCGCCCGCCUGGCGGCCAAGAUCGCGGCCCUGCGCGCGGCCCGCAAGGCAGAUGGACCCGACGGUAAGCCGAUUCGCACGCGGGAGGAACUCAUUGAAUCGCGACGCAAGAAGCUCGCCGAGCGCAAGGCCCACAAGAAGGAGCUCCGACAGCAGGCCAAGGAGGCCGAGGACAAGAAGCGCGAGGAGGCGCUGGCCAGCGCGCGGAACUCGCCCAUGCUCAGCUUCGGCUCGCCGGAGCAUGACCUGAACUUCUCGUUCGGACGGGUGGCGUUCGCGGACGGCACGCAAAUGUCGCACGACCUGAGCUAUACGAAGGACAAGAACGGCAAGAAGAAGGGCCCGAUGGACCCCAAGGGCGCGCUCGCGAAGGUGGAGGCUCAAAAGAAGCGUCUGGCCGGCUUGGACGACGGCAAGCGGAAAGAAGUCUUGGAGAAGGAGACGUGGCUCGCAGCAAGACGGAAGGCCGAGGGCGAGAAGGUCCACAAUGACGAGUCUCUGCUCAAGAAGGCUGUCAAGCGUAAGGAAAAGGCCAAGAAGAAGAGCGAGAAGGAGUGGAGCGAUCGUGUACAAGGCGUGCAGAAGGCGCAGAAACAACGCCAGCAGAAGCGCGAAGACAACAUUCGCAAGCGCAAGGAGACCAAGCAGGCGGGCAAGGGAGGCAAGAAGAAGGGCGGCAAGUUGCCGGCCAAGAAGAGUCGCCCCGGCUUCGAGGGCAGCGGGUUUGGCAGGAGAAAGUAA